AUGGCAUUUCUUCAGAUUCUCACGACCAGCGUUGCCGUGGCCGGUCUUUGGGUGGUGAUCGAGGCGAUCCGUCGCCUCUUCUUCCACCCUCUAUCCCACGUGCCAGGCCCCCGCCUGGCCGCUCUGACCUGGUGGUACGAGUUCUAUUAUGAUGUCGUCCUUCCGGGAAAGUAUAUCUUUAAGAUACAAGAGCUACACAGUGAAUAUGGGCCUAUUCUCCGCAUCACACCAGACGAAAUUCACAUCAACGACGUUGGCUUCCUGGAUACAGUCUACUCUGGUUUGAGAGACAAAUAUGAGUAUCCGUUACGGGCUCUGAGAGUGCCCGGGGGAGUAGGCACCACAUCAGAUGCAAAGCUCCAUAAGUUGCGCCGCGAAGCUCUUGUGCCCUUCUUCAGCAAGCGCAACGUUCUAUCCUUACAGCAUCUGGUGACAGAGAAAGUCGACCAGCUCGCUGGGAUUAUAGCGACGCAUGCCAAAGAACAGUCGCAGGUCAACCUAUCUGAUCUUUUCUUUGCGUUCUCCAACGAUGUCGUAAAUAACUUUUUGUUCGCCCACAAAACGAACGGGCUAGCAGAUGAGAAACAGGCAGGUAUCUCUCGGAACAACAGCAAGCAGCUCCUAUUAGGCAUCCAUGUGAAUAAACAUCUGCCCUGGAUUCCGGACUUGCUUGAGGCACUUCCGACCUCCAUCAGUAGGCCCUUGAUGCCACCGGGUCUCAUUGAUAUGUUUAAUCUUUUUGACAGAGUUCGCGGCGAAAUUUCUGGAAUCAUGAAAGCGCAGUCAUCUGGGGACAAGAAAAGCGGACGAGAUCCCGCUGAAAAAGAAGCUGUCUACGAGUCCGUCCUCGUCAACGAGUCCCUCCCACCCCAAGAAAGAACGUUGACCCGGUUGGAGCAAGAAGGUGCCCUCCUCGCCCUUGCUGGAACAGAGUCGCCCGCCAUAUCCCUCAGCAUAAUCUUCUACCACCUGCUCGCCAACCCGCCAAUUCUAAAGAAGCUCCGUGCUGAGCUUGAAACAGCCCCAGCCGACGCCUCAUGGCCCCAACUCGAGAAGCUUCCUUACCUCAUGGCAGUCAUUGAAGAAGGCAACCGUCUAUCGUUCGGCGUGACAUCUCGCAUUGGCCGUCGUGCGCCUGAAGAGCUAAUUUACACUCCGUCGCCUUACGCCACCACUCCUAGCACCGGAAAAUCCUACAAGAUCCCCGCGCGGACGCCAAUGAGCAUAUCUACUCUUAGCGCACAUACCGCCCAUCGGUCUUUCCGGACCCGUUUACCUUCAAUCCCGAUCGGUGGCUAG